AUGCUUGCAGGGCCCGAAGUCUCAGAUGAAGGUGCUUACGAUAGGGCACAGCUGUCUGCAUCCCGGGGACCUGGAGAGGACCAGAGUCCAGAACGCAGGGUCGCCUUAGAACCCAAGUACCCUGUAGUCGUCCAGUCACCGCCCUAUACGCGAGGUGAAGCCCUGGGCGUGGCGCACGCACCCUGGCUCCCGGCAAGGAACGGGUGCGGGGCUGGGCUUCGACCGUCCCCGGGGGAGCGAGUGGGGCGGGGCCGCCGCGCCCGCCUUCUCCUCCUCCCGCCGCGAGGGUUCAGAGCGGCGGCAGCAGCGGCCGCGGCGACAGCUCCGGCUCCCGCUCCGGCUCCCGCGCACUCGGGCCCCGCGCCCAGACCCCGCCGCCGCGCCUACCGGGGGCCUCGCGUGCCCCCUCCGCUCCUCACGCUGAAGUUCCUGGCCGUGCUGCUGGCCGCGGGCAUGCUGGCGUUCCUCGGUGCCGUCAUCUGCAUCAUCGCCAGCGUGCCCCUGGCGGCCAGCCCCGCGCGCGCGCUGCCCGGCGGCACCGACAACGCCUCGGCCGCCGGUGGUGGCCCGGGCCCGCAUCGCAGCCUGAGCGCCUUGCACAGUGCAGGUGGCUCGGCUGGGCCCUCGGUGUUGCCCGGGGAGCCGGCGGCCAGCGUCUUCCCGCCGCCGCCCGGGCCGCUGCUCAGCCGUUUCCUCUGCACGCCACUGGCCGCCGCCUGCCCGUCGGGGGCCGAGCAGGGGGACGCGGCUGGCGAGCGCGCGGAGCUGCUGCUGCUGCAGAGCACGGCGGAGCAGCUGCGCCAGACGGCGCUGCAGCAGGAGGCGCGCAUCCGCGCAGACCGGGACACCAUCCGCGAGCUCACCGGCAAGCUGGGCCGCUGCGAGAGUGGCCUGCCGCGCGGCCUCCAGGACGCCGGGCCGCGCCGCGACACCAUGGCCGACGGCGCAUGGGACUCACCCGCGCUGCUCUUAGAGCUGGAGGACGCGGUGCGCGCGCUGCGAGACCGUAUCGAGCGCAUCGAGCAGGAACUCCCAGCCCGUGGGAACCUCUCCUCAGCGCCAGCCCCUGCCGUGCCCACUGCCCUGCACUCCAAGAUGGACGAGCUAGAAGGCCAGCUGCUGGCGAAGGUGAUGGCGCUGGAGAAGGAGCGUGCUGCCCUCAGUCAUGGCAGCCACCAGCAGCGACAGGAAGUGGAGAAGGAGCUGGGUGCCUUGCAGGGUCGCGUAGCGGAGCUGGAGCACGGGUCCUCAGCCUACAGUCCUCCAGAUGCCUUCAAGGUCAGCAUCCCCAUCCGCAACAACUACAUGUAUGCUCGCGUGCGCAAGGCGCUGCCGGAACUCUACGCCUUCACCGUCUGCAUGUGGCUGCGCUCCAGAUCCGGUGGCUCGGGCCAGGGCACCCCUUUCUCCUACUCGGUUCCCGGGCAGGCCAAUGAGAUCGUGCUGCUGGAGGCCAGCCCUGAGCCAAUGGAGCUGCUGAUUAACGACAAGGUAGCCCAGCUGCCUCUGAGCCUAAAGGACAACAAUUGGCAUCAUAUCUGCAUUGCCUGGACUACAAGGGAUGGGCUGUGGUCUGCAUACCAGGACGGAGAACUGCGGGGUUCUGGUGAGAACCUGGCAGCCUGGCACCCCAUCAAGCCACACGGCAUCCUUAUCCUGGGCCAAGAACAGGAUACCCUUGGUGGACGAUUUGAUGCCACCCAGGCCUUCGUCGGUGACAUUGCACAGUUCAACCUGUGGGACCACAUUCUGACACCUGCCCAGGUGCUGGGCAUGGCCAACUGCACUGGGCCACUGAUGGGCAAUGUCCUCCCCUGGGAAGAUAAGUUGGUGGAGGCCUUUGGAGGUGCAAAGAAGGCCACCUUUGAUGUCUGCAAGGGGAGGGCUAAGGCAUGAGGGGCCACCUUGUUCAGGGCCCCUCCCUUGCCUAUCACUUCUGGGACUUUGAAGGGGCACUCCCCUCCUCAGCCUGUCCAUGUGUUGGCCUUCCCCUCCUUCCCCACUCCUGGCCGUACCUCCCACUUCCUCUCCCAGGCACCCUCACCUCCAGAAUCCCGCCCCCUCUGCCACCUGGAUAAGGACCAGUAUCUCAAUCAAUUGGUCCAACCUAGGGGAGUUGAGGCAACCCCACCUCAGGGCAGUGGAUUGGCUUGGUCUCUCACCUUACACACUGUCCCACUAGUCACAUCAGAGCCCACUAAUUAUAACAACAUGCCCUGAGGAAUUGUGGGUAGAGGUGGCCUUUGACCCUCUCAUCCCCUGUGCUUCCCCAUAGGCCGGCGUCAGGCUGUAGAAGG